AUGCCAGGAUAUAUUUCCGGUUACCGGCAGAAAAUGGGGAGGAACUAUUUACUUUUACAAGCCGAAAAUGGGGAUGAAGAGCCUGAAAAUAGGGAUGAAUAUUUUCAGCCGGUCAAUAUUUCUGUUUAUCUUCUGAAAGUAUGCCGGAUUCGUAGCCGGGAUGAAGAACAGCAGGUUUUCGCACGGCUGAGCGUGUCUUUGAUUCAAGAGAAUUCUGUGUCAUCUGAGGUUUCAAGUGAUCUUAUAAUUCAACCCAGGGUGCUCUGCUGUCGGAGACUCAAGAUCACUAGCAUGAGUACCAAUCCAGACAAUGAAUCGCAGAGUGCUUCUUCAAGUUCACAAGAUGCACCAAAACCACAAAUUGAAAGGAUUUGCUUACCCACAGUUGAGGAAAUACGGGGUCAGGACAUUUGGAACAAUUGUGCCGUUCGCAGCGUUGUUAGUGGAGCCAUGGGAGGUGGGUUGGGGUUGUUUAUGGGCCUGUUUCUCGGGGCACUGGAUAAUCCAAUAAUGCAAGAUGAAAUGACUGGAAGGCAGCAGUUUAUAUACACUGCAAAGCAGAUGGGUCGAAGGAGCUGGAAUUCCUGCAAAACCUUUGCUGUUAUGGGUUUUAUCUUCUCUGCUGCAGAAUGUGUCAUUGAGAAGGCCCGGGCCAAGCAUGAUAUCACAAAUACAGUUGUUGCGGGAUGUGUAACAGGAGGCACAAUAUCUGCUAGAGGGGGUCCAAAAGCAGCAUGUGCUGGUUGUGCUGGUUUUGCUGCAUUUUCAGUCCUGAUAGAGAAGUUCCUAGAUAGACACGAUUGA